AUGAGCUCUCUUGUGGAUCUGGAUCUCUCUCACAACCAUCUCACUUCUUCAAUAUUUCUUUGGUUGUCCAACUACAGUACAAGCCUUGUUAGUCUUGACCUCUCCUACAAUAAUCUAACUGGUUUCAAUUCUGAUUUCAUUGGAAACAUGAGCUCUCUUGCUAGUCUGUCUCUCUCCAACAAUAAUCUAACUGGUUUCAUUCCCGAUUUCAUUGGAAACAUGAGCUCUCUUGUGGAUCUGGAUCUCUCUGAUAACCAGAUUGAUGGAGCGAAUCCAAAUUCGUUUGCAAGGUUGUGUAAUUUGGGAACAUUGUUGCUUCAGAGAAAUCAUCUGAGUGGACAAUUAUCCAAGUUUGUUCAACUAUUGCCUAGAUGUGCUCAAAACUCAUUAGGGUAUCUGGACCUCUCUGAGAAUGUUCUUAAGGGGUCAUUAAACAAUCUUACAAGCUUCUCAUCUUUGAAAUCGUUGAAUCUUAGGGCCAAUCAAUUAAGCGGAAAAAUACCUGAAAGUAUUGGGCAAAUGUCGCAACUGGAGGGAAUCGAUUUCAGCAAAAACUCUUUGGAAGGGGUGGUUUCAGAAACUCAUUUCUCAAAACUCUCCCGUUUAGGUUAUUUGGAUUAUCCUAUAACUCACUAG